AUGCAGCGCAUACCACGCAUGUUCAACUCUGUUGCUAAACUGGAGUCUGCACCGUGCAGUUUUGGUGCUUUUUUGGUGUCGCACUGGUGCAGCACGCUUUGCACCAAAAAAUCACCGAAAUCGCACGGUGCAGACCUCAAUUACGCACCAGAGUGCAAAAAAGCAGAAUACACCGUGCGCCAUCCUUGCCGAGUAUGUUGGGUGAAGGCGGCCGGUCGAAUUACAAUAGUCAAGCUAGGUUUUUCAAAAAUAAAAUUAAAAUUUGUGCACUUUUUGUGACGUAACUUAUCUUGUAACCUCCAGAAAUAGGUCUUUAACGAAUUGCAAAAUAAAAAAAAUUUCCUUUCUGAAAAAAAUUUAAAUAAUUUCCUGGCUCCGAAACUGACGGCGUAAUAAUAUAUUGACCGGCCACCGGCCGCCGUAUAUAUAGUCUGUUCAGAUUUUGAAUGUCAAGUAGAAUGACGUCAUUCGAAAGCGCUCUGUGGAUGGCUCGCUUUCUAAUUGGUUUAUCGCGGGCGGAGCUUCAGCGACCAUUUGACAUUAAUGUCAAGUGGUCGCUGAUGCUCACAUUCAAAAUCUGAACAGACUAUAGGACUUUUUGAUUAGUUAGAAAGCUAAAAAAAAGUAAAGUGUUAAGACGGUCGAUGGCCGGUCAAUAUAGCGUAUUCGGUGUUCAGAUCUCUGCAGAGCCAUGGACAGUAAAUUUUUUAAAGUUCCUCAUUUUUUGCAAUUUUUUAAAACCUAUCAUGCGAGGUAAAGGUAGUAGGUAACAAGAGACUACGGUAAUGACCCCGUUGUACUUUCCACUCUCGGACAUGGGAGGAUUAUUUCUAUAUCUUUGAAAUCAAAGAAAUCGAACGAAUCGUAACUGGCAACGUGGCAUAGAGAUGCGCAUUUGAUAAACUAUGUGUUAGUUGGCUUUUUUUUCUUCUCUUCGAAAGCUCGUCUCGAAAAACGCAGCUAGCUGAAAUUCAAAAAAAAAAUGAGACUUUUGCUAUACAUACAAAAGCGUUAUUUCUUCAGGUGAUGAAAUUCUUCUUUGGACUUUUUUGCUUUGCAAGCAUUGUUUCUGCGCACGUAAAUUCACCGAACCUGAAUUUCAUCAACAAACAACGAUGCUGAGGUCAGUAUCUUUUUUUAAACUCGCACUCCAUCAAAAUUACAAUGAAGUUUACAGAUUGAUCACGAUGAUUCUAGUCUUCAUGAGCACUUCCACGAACAUGUCAACGAACAAAAAGGUUGGAAAUGGCCCGAAACUUAUAAAUGUCGACUUAUUAGAAAAUCCAUAUCAUGCCAAUCCGGAGAGCAUCACUCACGAGGAAAGUUUUGAGAGGUAAGUUUUCAACUGUUUAUGUCGUGUUCAAACUGAUUUCGCGAAAUACAAAAUAACCGUCAAAGAUAGAAAAUUAUAAAGAAAUUUUGGAGAUUCAGAGACCAUUAUGGAUUCCGCGGAAAUUAAUUUGAACACGGCAUUAAGUUGGGAUUUAUUACACUGUUAGUGAGGAUUCAACCAAUUUUUUUUCUCGAAAUCAUUCAUGAAAAUUUUUACAAAACUAUUUGAAUCUUUAGAUUUUAAAGAACUUCUAUGACUUAGAGCAAGUUUUUAAAGUUAAAAAAGAAUGCCGUUUCCAGAAAGGAUCUGACUUUGCGAGAUGAAUUCACACGGUACAAGAAGGUGUCAGACUCCCAUUAACUUUUCGUUUAAGUAUCCUCAACGCUAUUGAUAUUCCCGACGUCAAUAAGUCGUUUUACGCGAUCCUUUCUGUCGUUUUGAUUUCGGUUGCGCCACUGGUCAUUUUAUUCAGCAUUCCUGUCGGGGUUAUACAUUCACUUAUUUUCUUGUAACUAUUCGCUUUUUAAGGAUGUGUCACUGAGGCCGAAUAAUCUUUUGCGUCUUUUGCUCGCGUUUGGAGCUGGCGGACUUCUGGGCGAUGCAUUUUUGCAUCUUAUUCCGGGCUCAAUGGAAAGCCAUGGUCAUGAUCAUGGGACUAUCGCGGGACACGGGCAUGAAAUUGGCCAUGGUCAUGUUCAUGGACACGGCCAUUCGCACUCUCAUGAUAACUUCGCCGGGGGAUUCGUACUGACGGGUCCGCUCAUAUCCUUUUUUGCUUUUUUCCUUAGUUUGGUUUAAGUUUUAUAUUCAUAAGUUUUCCUUAAAAUUUUCCAAUCGGUCUGAGAUAUAGAAAAUUCCCUAAUUUUUUCUAGGAAAACCUUUAUUUCGAUAGUUUUUCCCUGUCAGAGAAAUUCUUUGUUUUGAAAAUUUUUCGAUCGUCAUAAUACAAAUGAUAUCAAAAGAUCUUUCAGUAACUUUUCUGAAAGGAGAAAGAAGAAAUCAUGUGAGUCUGAAGUUGUGACAGUUUAGCUACGUGACUAUAUAUUUUUCGGUUUAUAAAACAUCUAUUAACAUUUUUUUCCUAUUUCGUUUUGUUUUAAUCAUGAAGAUUAAAUCAGAGAGUUUAUCGAGAAAAAAAGUCGGGAAAAAAAUUCGGCGGAAAGGUGGCCGUCGGAAAGUUCUCUAGCGAUAUGAAAAAAUCGGAAAAGUCGGCCUUUGAAUUUUCGCUGGUCUUUUUUUCGUACCACCUCAUUUUUAUUAUUCGAAUACGCAUCAUUUGAGGCAAUCAUUUUAUUUUUUUAUGAUAACUUUCAGGCUUUUUUGUUUUUGUUUUGAUCGAAAAAAUCAUUCGUUCGAUUCGACCUGAUAACUCGCACGUUAACAAUCACCACUACGUAGCCGUCAACGGAAAGCUCGAGAAAAUCGAAAAGAAAUCAAAAGUUUCCUUGAUUUCCACUCCCUCAGUAAAUUUUGCUUUCAGGUCGCAGCAUAUCUUAACCUCGCUGCCGACUUUGCUCACAAUUUCACCGACGGUUUGGCCAUUGGAGCGUCUUAUUGUACUGGGCGUGCCACAGGAUUUAGUGAGUAUUUUUGAGGCUACUUGAACAACUUUUUGAAAAAAACUUCAGUGACGACGGUGACGGUUUUGGUGCAUGAAGUGCCACAUGAGAUUGGAGAUUUUGCCAUCCUCAUUAAUUCCGGAUUCACCAAGAAAACGGUUCUUUUUUUCAUAAAUUUACUUUUCCAACGGCUCUUAUCCUUUUUAAUAUCUGUGAAGUUUAAAUGGUUAAUAAGUUGAGAAAAAAAAAUUUUUUUCAUAAAUGGAUUACACUUUGUGCUCUUCUCACUUUGUGCAUUUCUCGUUAGCUUUUUGUAAGAAAGGGAUCUUGUUCUAAUCGCGAAAUAGAAUUAAACUUUCAUAUUAAGGCAUAGAAGAUAUUUAGCUAUAAUUUUUUUCUGUUUUUAGUAUUUCAGGUUUUACGAUCGAGAGUGUUUAUGUUGGAAAUAUUGUUAAUAGUCUUUAGGCGGUUCAAAUGCAGCUGGUGACCGCUUUCGGUGCCCUGAGUGGCUGCGUCAUUGCAUUGAUUCUCACCGAUAUCAGCGGCUCGUCGAUUCAAUGGAUUUCUCCUUUCACAGGUUCUUCCUGUUCUUUCAUUAUUGGUAAAAAGUUUUUCGUUUGGCUUUUCUUGGUGUUUUGUUUUCCUUUUUGAAAAGUAGUGAAUGAAUCGAAAGAGAACGAGAAAUUGCGCCAUUAAGAUACAGGAAUACCUAUUUUCGCUUAAGCCUGACUGUACUUGUUUUGGAAAGGUAAUAUUUUACUAUAAUUUACUUAUGAAUGGAUCCUUCUUUUCUUCGCACAAUUUUAAUACGCCUCUUUGUUAUAUUUAAAAGUGUUCACCAUUUGACCUUGUGUAGCUAGUAUAUCGUCUUUUUCUUAUUGUCAUGAACAGUUGAAGAGAUGAUAUUCGUGGAAACUUGGGAAACCGUUUUUUUUUCAUUGUAAGCAUUGAAGAUUGUGAACAAAAUAUGUACAGGAACGGAAAUUUCAAUUUUAAAAUUGGGAAAUAUAGUGGUGUGGCUGAAAAAUUUUGUUUCUGUCAGAAACGUUGUGAAACUUUCAGCUGGAGGCUUCAUUUACAUCGCUGCCGUUUCCAUCAUUCCCGAGCUUAUCACGAACGAAGCCGUCACAUUGUUGGAUAGUAUCGCAGAGUUAGCAGCUCUUUUUUUGGGUGUAAUUCUCAUGUAUCUUGUUGGUCUGUUGGAAUGA